AACAUUUGACUACUAUAUAACAAAGAACCCUCAAUUUCUUUUUCUCUGCAACCUCUCUCUCUCUCGUGAAACCAAUCAAUCAUAUGGACACCAAAAUCGGAUCGAUCGACGCGUGCAAGCCGACGAAUGGCGACGUCUGUAGUCCAUCAAACGGCGCCGUCGCAACAAUCAACGACUCUGCUCCCGCCCCCUCAAUCGCCUUCGGCUCCUCCGAAGCCACUCUCGGGCGUCACUUGGCUCGCCGUCUUGUCCAGGCCGGAGUCACCGACAUUUUCUCUGUUCCCGGCGAUUUCAACCUAACUUUGCUCGACCACCUCAUCGCCGAGCCGGAACUCAACAACAUCGGCUGCUGCAACGAGCUAAACGCCGGUUACGCUGCCGACGGCUACGCUCGAUCUCGUGGAGUCGGUGCUUGCGUCGUCACCUUCACCGUCGGUGGACUCAGCGUUUUGAACGCCAUCGCCGGUGCCUACAGCGAGAAUCUUCCCGUUAUCUGUAUCGUCGGAGGCCCAAACUCCAACGAUUUUGGCACCAAUCGGAUUCUUCACCACACCAUCGGAUUACCUGAUUUCAGCCAAGAGCUUCGCUGUUUCCAGACCGUUACUUGCUACCAGGCAGUGGUGAACAAUCUGGACGAUGCACAUGAACAGAUCGACAAGGCCAUAUCAACAGCUCUGAAAGAAAGCAAGCCUGUGUAUAUCAGCAUCAGCUGCAACAUUGCUGCUACUCCUCAUCCUACUUUCACUCGUGAUCCUGUCCCCUUCUCCCUUACUCCAAGAAUGAGCAACAAGAUGGGUCUAGAAGCUGCGGUUGAAGCAACACUGGAGUUUCUGAACAAGGCCGUGAAGCCUGUCAUGGUUGGUGGUGUCAAACUGCGUGUUGCUAAAGCCAGCGACGCCUUUGUCGAGUUUGCCGAUGCUUCAGGCUACGCCAUGGCGGUGAUGCCGUCUGCAAAAGGCCUAGUCCCGGAGCAACAUCCUCACUUCAUCGGUACUUACUGGGGAGCAGUAAGCACUCCUUUCUGCUCUGAGAUCGUCGAAUCUGCAGAUGCCUACAUCUUUGCUGGCCCAAUCUUCAACGACUACAGCUCUGUGGGCUACUCUCUUCUCCUCAAGAAAGAAAAAGCCAUCGUUGUGCAUCCUGAUCGCGUCACUGUGGCUAACGGCCACACCUUUGGUUGCGUUCUCAUGAGCGAGUUCUUCUCUGAACUGGCUAGGAGGGUGAAGCGUAACGAGACGGCUUACGAGAACUACCACAGGAUCUUUGUCCCUGAAGGCAAGCCCCUGAGAUGCAAACCAAGAGAGCCUCUGAGAGUCAACACAAUGUUCCAACACAUUCAGAAGAUGCUCUCUAGCGAGACUGCUGUGAUUGCUGAAACCGGUGAUUCUUGGUUCAACUGCCAGAAACUAAAGCUGCCUAAAGGAUGUGGGUACGAGUUUCAGAUGCAGUAUGGAUCGAUCGGGUGGUCUGUUGGUGCGACUCUUGGAUACGCACAGGCUGUGCCAGAGAAGCGAGUGUUGGCUUUCAUCGGAGACGGGAGUUUCCAAGUUACGGCUCAGGAUAUAUCCACGAUGUUGCGUAACGGUCAGAAGACGAUCAUCUUCCUGAUUAACAAUGGUGGCUACACCAUUGAAGUUGAGAUUCAUGACGGUCCGUACAACGUGAUCAAGAACUGGAACUACACUGGUCUCGUUGAUGCCAUUCAUAACGGUGAAGGCAAAUGCUGGACCACAAAGGUGAGGCACGAGGAGGAGUUGGUGGAAGCGAUUAAGACAGCAACAACGGAGAAGAAAGAUAGUCUAUGUUUCAUAGAAGUGAUUGUUCACAAAGAUGAUACGAGCAAAGAGUUGCUUGAGUGGGGCUCACGCGUCGCAGCUGCUAAUGGUCGUCCUCCCAACCCUCAGUAAGAGAGAGAGAGAGAGAAUCCAGUCUACAGUGGGACUCACGCUUCUUAAUCGUUUCUUUAGCAAUUUUUUAAGAUUGUUUUUCUGUUUAUGACCAUGGUUUUUUACUUUUCAACCAUUGGUUUUACGGAAACUUUAUUAGUUUCUUUCCAAUAAUUACGGGUUAUCGUGGAAUAAAAGUUACU